AUGGCUGAAUACCCAGAUAUUACCGUGUCAGUUGACUUGGGUACCACGUAUACAGGUGUUGCAUGGAUGACCCCAAAGACACCAAUUCAGGUCGUCAAUGAUUGGCCUGGGAGCGGUGAUCGAGGAGAGCGCAAAGUCCCGACAACCUUGAUAUACAAUGGAGAUGGAACUUUGUCAUCUUGGGGUUACCUCUGUGACGAUGACGACGAAACAUUGCCAGGCAAGAUGCGACGAGACUUUUUUAAAAUCUUCAUCGAUGAAGAAACACUAGUCGCAGCUCAGCAACGUGGAUUUUCCAAUGUUCCAACAAAUCCGAGACAAGCCCAGAUGUUUGCAACUGAAUAUCUCCACCAGGUAUAUCUCCAUGUCAAGGAGACUAUCGAGAUGCAGACUGGCAAACGACACUUUGGUGGCUGGGCAGACUCGGCGGUGACGUUUCUAUUCAGUGUGCCCACGACAUGGACUCGCAUGGAGAUUAUCAACAUCUUCAAGGGUAUCAUACGAGAUGCAGGCUUUGGCGUUGAAGGGCCGAGGCAUAUGGCCCAAGUUGAUCUCACCGAGGCUGAAGCUGCGGCCGUUGCGACGCUCAAGACAAGCGCGGUGGCAUUCAACACUGGUAGCUUGUUCUUGACGGUUGACGCGGGUGGGGGGACAACAGAUUUGGCACUGAUGCGAGUGACAUCAAGCGAUCCUAAUUUCCCUCAAAUGGCACAGAUAUCUGCCGUCAAGGGAGUGGGUAUUGGCUCGACACUGAUUGACAGAGCAUUUGUCCGACUCAUCAUGGAGAGAUUGGCACGGUAUCCCGAUGUGAAGCCCCAGCUUCCCAGUGAUUUCGCCGUUCGAUUGUCAAGAAGUCACCAUUUCAAGAUUCUGAAGCACAAGUUUGGUGAAAGGGUUUAUAUGCAACCUGUGUUCAAACUGCAAUUGGAGGGUGUGUCGCACGAGUUUAGCCAUGGUGGACUCGGCUUGGAGAAUGGCAGGAUGCUAUUCACAAUGGCCGAGAUUCAGUCUCUAUUUGACGUUCAGAUUGAUGGUAUCAUGAAGCGAAUAACUGAGCAGCUGAAUUGGCUGAGCGAACAUGGACAUACAGAGCAAGUGGACUACAUGAUUUUAUCCGGUGGGCUCGGUAGUUCCGCCUACGUGCGCGACAAACUACAACAGCAACUCAUUGCUUACCCGCACAUGAAUGCCAUAAGCGCCGCAGUUGUACCAUGUCACGAUCCGCAGCUUGUCGUCGUAAGAGGCCUUCUUCUCGAUCACCAGCAGAGGAUGGAUACAGGAAACGUUCCCGUUUUGGCGGCGCGAAUUGCUCGCUCCAGUUACGGAAUCGUCGUGAGAGAGAUGUAUUCACCUGCGACACAUUUCGACGAGGACGUCGUACAGGAUCAGUGGGAUUCCAAAAAGAAAUGGGCUAUUCAUCAGAUUCAGUGGGUUAUUAAAAAGGGAGACGUGAUCGACCCAAACAUUCCUCUAGUAAAGUCGUUUGAAUACCGUCUCGGACCGGAUGACACAACAAGAUGUUGGAACGCAGAAAUAGUCGUCUCUCAAAACGAGCCUUCGUUUCUUCCAAAGAGUUUGAAGCAUGCCGGCGUAACCAAAUUAUGCAGAGUAAGGAGCAAUUUAGAAGGCGUUGAACAGCAUCAGCUUCUACUCAAACAGAAAAGAGGCAUCUGGUUCCGGAAAGGAUACAAAUUUUACAUUUGCAGAUUUGAUCUCCGCGUUAUCGUUGCGCCCGCGGACUUGAGAUUUGAGCUAUGGUUUGACGGACAAAAAUUCUCAGGGAACCAUGAGCCUGUGACACCGCAAUGGGCCGAGGCGGGCCUGAAGGUUAAUCAUGAGUAA